GCUUCAGUGGCAUGUGCUUGAUUUUAAGAAAAUCAGAACUCUUCAGGUUAGCACUAGGAGUACUCACCAUGUUUAUUUUAUGUUUACCUGAGUUUUUCAAAGUCCAUGAAGCUAACACUGUAGUCGUAUCGUGCAUGGAUACCUGUUCAUUAAAUAGCACCACCUUUCCACUUUGUACUUUUAAUAAUUCUUGCAAAAGAUCGCUGCAACAAAAAAGAAAAAAUCAGAUUGUGUUACUGAAGACCAUUGUAAAUCAUUCAAAUUUCCAAAAUAUUCCAUGUAUUUGCCUGUCCUCUAGUAGGGAACAAAAGUCAAAUACUCAGUACUCAGAGUCUGAAUCCAGCAGAGAUGUGAAUGUUGAUCAUCAAGAAUCAAGAUCAAUAGAUAAAAAAACAAAAGACUCAUCUGAAGUGAACACAGAAGAUGCUAUUUCUUUUUAUAAAUAUUUUAAUUUCACCAUGCUUCAUGCGAAUGAAGAAGUAGAGCAUAGUACCCACUACAUUCUGGAAAUCCACAUCAACAGCUCCAUAGUCAGAGGAAGAAGUGCAGCUGAAGAAUACCUAAAUCACUCUUGUCUAAUGGCUAUGAUCAAUGACCAAAACGGCUGUAUGAAUAUUUCACUUCAACUGAAGUCUUAUGUGGAAUAUCCAAUGUGUAUGACGAAGAUCAUUUGGCUCAGUAUGAUUCCAGUUGUUAUUGUCUUGACUGUUUCAGUUGUCAUCUACAAAAUAGUCCAAGAAAAUGGCCAAAACUAUUGUAAGCACAGAGGAACAGCAACAUUUUCUACUGAUCAAGGGAAAAGUGGUUCCAGACUUGAUAUAAGAACCAUUUCUGCUACUAAAGUUCAUCUAUUUCCUGUGAAGGCCAACGAGCAACCGAUUCCACUUACUGCACAUAAGAUACUGCCCAUAAUUCCUGAACAAGAACACUGUCAUCUGAGUACAUCAAGUAUUGAAGGUGGUACCAUAUGAAAUACAAUUUCUAUUGCAUGAAAGAAAGAAACAAUACACCACAGAAGACAGCAUCUCUAUUUCCAGUUUGGGAACUCUGUUAUCCAUCUUUUUAGGAGAAUGCCAGCUGUGCAGUUUAGUUGAGAAACUUCAUUUUAUCUAACAGAACUACUUGGUAUUAAGAAAAUAUGAAUAAUGGACG